AUGACUAGUAAAUUUCUUAAAACUUUUGCUGGUAAUGAUAAAUUUUACUUUCAUGCCACACCACAAGAACUUUUGAAGAUAGAUGAGAAUUUUUCAGUGAUUGGAAUUUGCCACAAGCGAAGCCAAGUUUGGGGCAAGGGAAAAAACUAUGACUACGCUAAAGAUUUGGAAAAUGAAUUAGUGAAUAGAUUGAAAAAAAAUGAAUUUAAGGAAUCAUUAAAAAAUAACAAUUUGGACAAUAAAUUUGUUAAACACUUGCUUCGAAGGGUGUUUGAAGAGGUAGAAAAAAAUGCAGUGUUUGAAGAAAUUAAUCAGCACAAAGAAAUCAUAACGGGGUUAACCGCUACCAUUCUAAUACUUACUUCCAACACAAUAUAUGUGGCUGGAAAAGGCGAAUAUAAAAUCGCGUUUUACAUUCUUGGAAGAGAUGGAGAAACCAAAAAAAACUUUACUGAUUGUGGUCAAAACAUGCAUUUUAAGAGUUUUUCAAGCGAGGAAAUUAUUCUUAUUUUAUCAUCCAACAUGUCUCUAGACUUUGUGGCAAAGGAGACAAAUGGCGUAGUGUACACUUACAAAUGCUUAGAAGAGAACUUGAAAGAAUUUGCAAAAUUCUAUUUGACAUCAUCAGAAACAUACGGGUGGCAAUUCAGUGAAUACCGUUUUCCUUUCGAUGAUAUUAUCGCAUUUGUAGCAAUAACAAUAAUUCGUUUAGAGGGUAUAGAACUUAAAGAUUGGUCUAAAAUUGCAGCUGAAAAUAAAACUAAAAAAAUAAAAGAAGUGGAAGAAAGUUGGCGAUUCUUAGGAAAAAAGAAAUUAGAUCUUAGUUCAAGAAAAAAUUCAAGCAACCCAAGGAAUGCAAGAAUGCCAUCAUAA